AUGGACUCAUCUUCCUCAGAUCGACCUUUCAAUAAGGCAGGAUACUCUCCACGCCCCUCAGGGCUACUAUUGGCUCUUCUUCUUGCACAGAGAAAUAUCCCCUCUGUUGUUCUGGAGUCGUGGCCGCAUCUUGACACGCGCCUACGAGCAACGCAGUAUGGAGUCCCCGCCACCCGCGUCUUCCGUCGCGCAGGCAUACUUGAUGACAUUCGCAAAGCCAGUAUCGCAAGGUUUCCGAGCAUUUGCUGGAGACGCGUCUCAGACCACGAGAAGCUGAUUAGCCUGGACCUAUCACUUGUUGAAGAUGAUCCCGAUCGCAUGACAAUCUUACCUCUUGGCGAGAUCAUACAAAUCCUAUACCGACAUUGCCUUGAGAGAGGAGAGGGACUUAUCGACGUCAGGUUCAAUCACGAAGUCACAGAUGUCGGCCAGGAUGACAAUUCUGCCUAUGUUGACGUCAACAUUAAAGGCGAGGGGGGUUCAGAAAAUGCUCGUAUCACUGCUGACUACGUCGUGGGAUGCGACGGAGCAUCUAGUGCUGUCAGACGCUCAUUGUUCGGAAGAGAAUGGCCUGGCCAGACACUACCUUAUCGAUUUGUUGUUCAGAAUGUCUACUACGAUGGCUUCCAGAAGCAUGAUUGGGACGGUGGAAAUUACAUGGUCGACAAUGAUCACUGGGGCCUGAUCGCUCGCAGAGGAAAGGGGGGCUUAUGGCGUGUCACCUACGGAGACCCAGUCACGGGCUUGACAGACGAAGAGUACCUGGCCCGUCGACCUUCACACAUGAAAGCAAUGCUCCCAGGACAUCCUGACCCAGAACAGUACCGAAUCGAACACACCAACAUAUACAACAUACACAAUCGUUGCGCUGAGAGCUUCAAGGUCGGUCGUGUCAUUUUAGCCGGUGAUGCAGCGCAUGUCUGCAACCCUAUGGGAGGAUAUGGUUGCAUGACUGCCGUGUUGGACGUCGGUGGUCUGGCAGAUUGCUUCAUCGGAUAUUACCACGGGCUGGCGGACGAGGAUAUCCUUGACAAGUAUGCAGAGGUCCGACGGGAUAUCUUUGUCAGAUAUGUUGAUCCACGAUCGAUCAAGAAUCUCAAUCGCGUGGCGAGAUCUGAUCCUCAGACGGUCUUGGAAACAGACAAGUUCUUCGGUAUUCUUAAGGACCUCCAACAGGAUGGCAACGACAUGAGGGCGUUUCUGUUGGUAAGUAACUAG